AAAUAUACGAUAAUUAUAAUAUAUCAUUAUAAGGAAAUGAUGGCGUAAUAUUAACGUUAUUAGACUUUUCAUUUAAGAAUAUACGUGUAAAUUACGUAAUGCAUUAUUGAACGAAUUUACACAAGUAGAUUCUUCUAUAAUUUAGAAAGAUUGGCAAAUUACUAUAUAUAGGUGGUAAACGUAAACUUGUAUUCGAGAAAUAAGUGAAAGUAUGAGUAAUAAGAGGUCGAAUGAAUGGUAUGGAGUAUGGAGACGGGAAACUUAAAGAAGGGGCUUCAUAAACAGGAUUUCAAAAUCUAGUGAUGCAGUGUACGUGUAUGCCGCCUGAUGCCGUCAAGUUGCCUUUUUAUUCUUAACCUCAAUUUUGUGGUAUCAAGUGAUAUGUGAUAUUGUCAUUUUCACGGUAUACAAGAUACUUCCUGGAAGAUCCAGAGGAACAUCUACGGAGAUACGACUCAUUUAUCAAGAUUAUCUACAACCUUGCUAAUCCAAUACUUUAUCUUCUACACUCUUGUACAUUCACGAUGGAGAGACUCAGGAAAACGUCGACAGAAGAAAGCCUGCGCUUCAUCAGGCAGUCCUUAAAAUCGGACGAGAUGGAUCAUCUCGAAGGAAUCCAUUUCGACAGACUGUGUCCUCAUGUGUUCAUCACCCUUGGAGCCUCAGGCGACCUGGCUAGAAAAAAGAUCUACCCAACUCUCUGGUGGCUGUUUCGAGACAACCUCUUACCGAAAACCACAACAUUUUUCGGUUAUGCGCGCACCCAUAUGACCGUGGCUCAGCUACGAGAAAAAUGUCACGUGUACAUGAAGGUGAAACCAGACGAGCAGCAGAGGUACGAAGAAUUUUGGAAACUGAAUUACUACGUCGCAGGGAUGUACGACUCUCAGUCGUCGUUCGAGGUGCUCAACAACGAGGUGAAGAAGCACGAGGAAGGCCAUCAAAUCGCUCACCGAUUGUUCUACUUGGCUUUACCACCAAGCGUGUUCGAACCUGUUACCGUGCAUAUCAGAAACGUUUGCAUGGGCGAAAGAGGUUGGUCCAGGGUGAUUAUAGAGAAACCGUUCGGUAGAGACGCGAUCACGUCGCAACGCCUGUCGGAUCAUCUGGCAUUAUUAUUCAAAGAGGAACAAAUUUAUCGUAUCGAUCACUAUCUGGGGAAGGAGAUGGUUCAAAACUUGAUGACCCUUAGAUUCGGUAAUAGAAUAUUCAACCCGACCUGGAACAGGGACAAUGUAGCCUCCGUGCAGAUCACGUUCAAAGAACCGUUCGGCACCCAAGGGAGAGGUGGAUACUUCGAUGAAUUCGGUAUCAUAAGAGACGUAAUGCAAAACCACUUAUUGCAAAUCUUGUCCUUGGUUGCGAUGGAGAAACCCGCGUCGUGUCAUCCGGAUGAUAUCAGAAACGAGAAGGUGAAGGUUCUGAAGUGCAUAAAACCUUUGGAGCUCGAGAACGUCGUGUUGGGCCAAUACGUUGGUAACCCUGACUCGAAAGAUCCUGAAGGACGAUUGAGUUAUUUGGACGAUCCUACUGUACCACCUGGCUCCAAUACACCCACCUAUGCACUGGCCGUUUUAAGAAUUAAUAACGAACGUUGGGAUGGCGUUCCAUUUAUCCUUAGGUGUGGAAAAGCUGUAAACGAACGGAAAGCAGAAGUAAGAGUACAGUAUCACGAUGUGCCUGGCGAUAUAUUCGAUGGAAAGCCGAAGAGGAACGAAUUAGUAAUAAGAGUACAACCUGGUGAAGCUUUAUACAUUAAAAUGAUGACCAAGUCGCCCGGUAUUACGUUCGAUAUGGAGGAAACGGAGUUAGAUCUUACGUAUGGUAGUAGAUACAAGGAUCUAAAACUUCCCGAUGCGUAUGAACGAUUAAUUUUGGACGUAUUUUGUGGAUCGCAAAUGCACUUUGUGCGUAGCGAUGAACUAUCAGAAGCGUGGAGAAUUUUCACGCCUUUGUUGCAUCAAAUAGAGGAUGAACAUAUCAAACCAGUUCCGUACAAGUACGGUUCUCGUGGUCCCAAAGAAGCGGAUGAAAUGGCAAAAACAAAUAAUUUUGUCUAUUACGGUUCGUACAAAUGGAUAAAGCCAUAGUUUUUGGUCAUUUUUGUUAAAUACAUUUAAUGUUAAAUGAUGUGCAUGUGGCAUACAAGUUGCAAAAAUCUGUACUACGAUUCCUUAUCUGUGAUCAUAGCACUCCAUAUUUUUAUACCAAUAUAUACACGGUACU